AUGGGCAACGUUAUGGCACCCCACACUGAAGAUGAGCAACCUUCAACUCCAGGCUCGGGAACUGCAACACUUCCCAAGACCUGGGUUCCUGUUGUUGAGGAGCCUCUCUUCGCUCCUAAGAAGAUGAGAGUUGUGACCGCUGGUGCUGGACACGCCGGUUUGAUGGUCGCAUACAAAAUGCGGCAUGAGAUCAAGGUCGAGGACUUUGUCGACCAUGUCAUCUAUGAGAAAAAUCACGACGUUGGUGGUACUUGGCUGGAAAACAGGUACCCAGGUGUUGCUUGCGAUGUUCCAGCGCACAUCUAUACCUACUCCUGGGAGCCAAAUCCGAACUGGAGCUCUUUCUACUGUGGGGGUGAAGAAAUCUUCCAGUACAUCAAAAAUACGGCAGAAAAGUACGAUCUUACUCGUGACGUUGUUUUCAACUCCAAGAUAAUUGAAGCUAUCUGGAACGAGUCACGAGGAAAGUGGGAGCUCAAGAUUGACCAACAAGGAACCAUCAUCUCCGAUGAGUGUGAGGUCUUUAUUGAUGCUUCAGGAAUCUUAAACAAGUGGAGAUGGCCUGACAUUGAGGGUCUUGGGUCGUUUGAAGGACAUCUUGUUCACAGCGCCCAGUGGGAUAAGGGCUACGACUUUACCGGAAAGAGAGUUGGUAUUAUCGGAAAUGGAUCUUCCGCCAUCCAAAUCGUUCCUCAGUUGCAAAAGGUUGCUGGGCACCUUACAAACUUCAUGCGCUCACCAACCUGGAUCAGUGCUGGAUUUUCCUCAGAAUUUACCCCGGAGGGAAAGAACUUUAAAUACACCGAAGAGCAAAAGGCAGAGUUCAGAGAUAAGCCAGAGACUCUGACUAAAUAUCGCAAAGGGAUUGAAAAUGCGUUCAACCACUUCUUUUAUGCUCUUAUCAACGACUCCCCUGAACACCUUUACAUCACCGACAUGUAUAACAAAAUCAUGAGAGAGCGUCUUGGUGGUGAUGAAGAGCUUAUCAAGCAGUUCAUCCCAAAAUGGCGUGUUGGAUGUAGAAGGCUUACACCCGGCGAGGGGUAUCUUGAGGCACUGCGGGAAAAGAACUGCACAUAUACCUGGUCAGGAAUUGAGAAGAUUACUGAGAAGGGAAUUGUCACUGUCGAUGGCCAAGAGACACAAUUAGAUGCCAUAAUCUGCGCUACAGGCUUUGACGUUUCGUUCGUCCCGCGGUGGAAGUUGGAGGGCAAUGAUGGAAAGAACCUCGACUCUUGGGCACAAAACCCAGAGGCUUACCUUGGAAUUCACGCCCCUGAUAUUCCAAACUACUUCAUCAUCAACGGACCUAACUGUCCUGUUGGCCACGGCUCUCUAUUAGCUGUGAUGGAGUGGACUUCGGAGUACAUUUUGCGAUGGGUCAAAAAGAUGGCAUCAGAAGACAUCAAGUCUUUCGUUGUUAAGAAGGAUGUGUUAGAAGAGUACAACGUUUACACACAGGAAUACCUCAAGCGGACUGUUUGGUCUAGUGGGUGCAAAUCGUGGUACAAGAACGGAAGCGUUGAUGGUAAAGUCACCGCGACAUAUGCAGGCAGUGUCAUCCAUUACAAAGAGCUCAUCGAUAGCAUUCGGGGUGAGGACUUCAACUUCAAGUACAACGGUGCCAACAGGUUCAAGUUCAUGGGCAAUGGUAAAACACAGCUGGAAAUGGAUCCUGAUGCGGACUUGUCGUUCUAUGUGUACAAAUAG